GGUAGAUUUGGCAAAAGAGUUUGGCAUCAAAACUUGUAAAAAGAUCUGGUUUCCUAGGUUUCUGGAGUUUGGAAAUUCCAGACCGUGUCGCCCUGUCCCCACAGCACAUUUCUUGUUCCUGGGGAAGUUCGAGUGCCAUUUCACCAACGGGACGGAGCGGGUGCGAUACCUGGCCAGAGGUUUCUAUAACGGGGAGGAGUAUGUGCGCUUCGACAACGAAGUGGGGGAGUUCCGGGCGGUGACGGAGCUGGGGCGGCCUGACGCCAAAUACUGGAACGGGCAGAAGGACUUCAUGGAGCAGAAGCGCGCCGAGGUGGACACGGUCUGCAGACACAACUACGGUGUUGGUGAGAGCUUCACGGUGCAGCGGCGAGGUGAGCGGGGCAGGGGGGCUGGGGCGGCCGGGGCUGCGCGUGUGCGACUGUGAGACAGAGACUGGGUC